AUGACAGAGGUGCAGGAGAUGAUGGGCAUGCUACCAUCGCUACUGCAGGCCGAGUCGGAAAGGCAAGGCCAGGAGGGGUCGGCGGCGCUGCAAGAGGGCGCCGUGGGUGCGGCGGAAUUGGGGGUUCCGCCGAGCAGCCACCGAAAGCUGUGUCCUGCGGUGGUCGUCAGGGAGGGCGACACUGCUGGAGGAGAGAGCAGCAGUACGCCGGGCGUGGAAGGCGCCCUGGUGCGGGAUGUGGAGCUUCCUGCUGCAGGUGGGUUUGGUGCAUUCCAAGACACCAACUCUCUUCGUAGUACGUUCGGCAGUGCUUGCGUACAGCAGUCUGCUGCCGCUGGAGACACUGGUGAGAGUGUCACAGCAACCGAUCAAUCCAUUCAGGGGAGGUCGGGUGGAGAAUGCGGCACGGCGGAAGGGUCGUGUCCACUGUUCUGCCUUGCUGUAGUAGCGGGCGGGGCGCACAGAAGUCGCCGGAAUUGAUGGUGCAACAGAACGGACGGAGGGGCCGUGAAGUCGCGCAGUUUUGGCGCGCACUCCAUCUGCGGUAAGGCGGUGGAUCAACAUGAAAGGCGUUAGAGUAAUCGGCGCAACAGACAGGACGGAGGGGCCGUGAAGUCGCGCAGUUUUGGCGCGCAUUCCAUCUGCGGUAAGGCGGUGGAGCACCAGGACGGUAGAGAGACCGUUGGGCAGGAUUGCCGGAGACACUCAACCAUGGAUCGACCGCGCGACGGCGCGGGGGGGGGUGGGCGCCGUACAUGCUUGAUGCUGGCGGUGUUUUGUUAAGUCGAUCCAAGGCCGGCAGUAGAGGCCGGGUACGCCCUACCACGGUUGACACGCGCGACGGCGCGUCGGGGGGUGGGCGCCGAUCACGCGGGAGCGGGCGGCGUUUUUUGACCACAGCACGGACGGAGGGGCCGUGUCUGCUUUGCCUCGUCGUCGGAACGGGGGGGGCAGCAUUGUAAGUCGCGCGGAGGUGGCGCGCAACUAUCAGCCGGAGGUGGGUGGUGGAACGGGGCACAGCUAAGUGGGUGUCAUCAAAGUCGCGUGGGGAGGUGCCGCGCGCAUUUCAUCAGCCGGGAACGAGCGGUGGAGACAAGAAUGCGUCAGGAUGGACGUGAGGAAUUAAAGGCGUGCUUCGCCAUCAAGAUGUGUUGGUGGAGUAGUUGGAAUAAGCUUGGAUUUAGUUGUCUUGCUUUGUGUGGAGGUACCAGUUUGAGGUCGUGAUAAAAUCAAGCAACUUGUAUUCGAAGAAAUUCUGUUCACUGUUGCGUGUUUCUUUCCGCCGUCAUUUGCGCGUUGUCUUGCACCCAAAUCGUGGUUGUUCUGAAUGUUUGUGUUCGUCGUUAUGCCAUUAGUGCAUCCUUCGCCGGUGACGUUGUGUUGCUGGUGAUGAUGGCAAAGUGUCGGGGGGUAGAGACGUUCACGUUGGUAGAAUUUGCCACCAUCACUCAUGUGUGGGGGCUACGCGGUUAUAUGUGACCCACGGCCUAAGUAGGAGGCGCAACAAGUGUUUUGUUUACCUGAGUUGUUGCAGAACAAGGGAGGGUGGAAACGGGCGUGUUUCUUUUGAGAAUGUUACGCUUGAAGAGUACGCCCGGUCUUGGUAUUAUGCAACUUGACAGGUUGGUGUGUCGGGCAGGUAUGCAGUUGUUAGUGGAAGUCGAUUUUGUUUUCACGUACGGAAGCAUGUUGGUUGUGUCUGUUUUGGGAAGCGACAUCUAGGUGAUGGCCAUGUGCGUGUUCCUCUGGGCGCCGGUGUUGCGCAAGGGAGGGCACUAGGCUUAGGUUCCUGGUGUGCUUGUCUAUAAUGCAGACAGCGUAGAUGCUUGGGGUUCGUAGUACAGCGUUACCAAGUUGUGGGGGGACGUUUGUGUUUUGCGUAGUUGCGCUUGAAGGUUCAGUAGCAAGUUGAUGUAUCCUUGAUUGAAGGAGAGCUGAGGAUUGGUUUGGUAGUUUGCAGAUGGUGGACCUUGUUUGAAGCAGGCUUCAUUCGGCAGGUUGUAUAUUUCUCAAAAGCGGGCAUCCUUUGGAGAAUCGAGUUUGAUUGGUUUUUCAGUUGGAAAUAGGUCAUGAUUUUGAGUUCGUGUAGGAUUGCAGAUGGUUGAACCGAAGGCAGGGAGAACGUACCUGUUCGAUGCAGUUUUCGUGUGGAAUGCAGAUAGACAGGGAGGGCGUUGCCUGUAUGUGUGUGACACCUGAAGAAUCAGUUGGUGCUGCACAGCAAGGAGUUCGUUCCAUCAUGUCGGAAGGAUUUGUCAGAGGCGUUGCUCGAGGUAGUAGAGCGUUGCCUAGAAUUUGUAAUCCGAGCGUCUGGAGUGGUUUUAUCUUUGUCUUCUUGCAGUACGGCAGUUGGAAUCAUUGGUGAUAUGGACGGCUAUUGGAUUUUGUUUGAGCCGUUGGAAUCUUUCGUGAUAUGAUCGGCGUGAGGCGUUGAAUUUCUGAGGGGUUUUGAUCCGGUGGCCGGGUUUCCCCUUUACUUUUGGUUUGUCUCGAGAAGUAGCCGUUACGCAGGACGCAGCUGGGACAACUUGAAGGGUAUGUGCUGAGAGGCUUUGGAUGAUAGUGCGGAGUCCCCGUGUUCUCUCGAGAAUUGGGGCCUCUCCUCCUUCUCCCU